AGAGAAGCGAGUGCCACUGACACACUUUACAGCUGGGAAACCAACCAACAUGAAGUGCCUUCAAAUCCAGAGGGGAAGGAAACAUGGUUAGCACUUUAAUUAAUGAUACGAACUUUGCUUUACUGAUUACCGCUGCCUUAGACUCUGUGAGCAGGUAACAAUCCAAGUUUUUUUACCCCCCACGCUCAAAGCUCAUUGUGAGAUCCACGCGGUUAAGGAAUGCGUUUUAAAAUCAGGUUAUCAGAAGACCCGAUUAAAGAAAACUGCGAAAAAAUGUAACACGUAAACAUGGAAAACGUAUUAACCACAAAAUGAUCUUUUUUCUACUUUUGCAAGCGUUUUCGGAUCCAGAUACUCAAGCUCCACAGCCAACUGUUUUAAGGUGGAUCCAAGCACACCGGUGCUGACCAGAGGGUGUCGUGCGCUGAUCUUGCCUCUGACUCCGUGACUGCAGUAAGUGCUAUGAUCUCAGAAUGUUGGCCAGAAAAAGCAUCAUCCCCGAGGAGUACGUGUUCGCCCGGAUUGUAGCUGAGUAUCUGCGUCAGCCGCGCUACACAGCCCGGCCUCGACAGGCAAGAUUCAUCGCCAAGAACGGAGCCUGUAACGCGGCUCACAAGAACAUCAGGGAGCAGGGCCGCUUCCUGCAGGAUAUCUUCACCACCCUGGUGGACCUGAAAUGGCGCUACACUCUGCUGAUCUUCACCAUGUCCUUCCUGUGCAGUUGGCUGCUGUUCGCCAUGAUGUGGUGGCUGGUGGCUUUCAGCCACGGAGAUCUGGGCCAGCGCCAGGGCUCUGUCUUCCAGCCGUGUGUGACCAACGUCAGUUCCUUCACCUCCGCCUUCCUGUUCUCCAUCGAGGUGCAGGUCACCAUCGGCUUCGGGGGAAGGAUGGUGACGGAGGAAUGUCCCACCGCUAUCACGGUGCUGAUCAUGCAGAACAUCGCCGGGCUGAUCAUCAAUGCCGUCAUGCUGGGCUGUAUCUUCAUGAAGACGGCGCAGGCUCAUCGCCGGGCGGAGACGCUGAUCUUCAGCCGCCACGCGGUCAUCGGCGUCAGGAACGGCAAACUCUGCCUGAUGUUCAGGGUGGGCGAUCUGAGGAAGAGCAUGAUCAUCAGCGCCUCGGUCAGGAUACAAGUGGUGAGAAAGACCAGCACCGCAGAGGGCGAGAUCAUCCCCAUGAACCAGAUCGACAUCAAGAUGGAAAACUCCAUCGACAGUAGCAGUGUCUUCCUGGUGUCGCCUCUCAUCAUCUGCCACGUGAUAGACAGACGCAGCCCCCUGUAUGAGAUCUCGGCCAGUGACCUCCACAAUCAGGACCUGGAGGUGAUCGUUAUACUGGAAGGUGUGGUGGAGACCACAGGCAUCACCACCCAGGCUCGGACAUCCUACAUCGCCGAGGAGAUCUUGUGGGGAUAUCGCUUUGUCCCAAUAGUGACUGAAGAGGAAGGGACCUAUUCCGUGGAUUAUUCCAAGUUUGGGAACAGGAUCAAAGUGGCCACUCCUCACUGCAGUGCUCGGGAACUCGAUGAGAAACCAUCCAUCCUGAUCCAGACUCUUCAAAAGAGUGAACUGUCUCACCAGAACUCCUUGAGGAAACGCAAUUCGAUGCGGAGGAACAAUUCACUGAGAAAGAAUAAUUCCAUCAGAAGAAACAACUCGUCUCUCGCAGUCCCUAAAGUGCAGUUUUUGACUCCGGAAGACAGCACAGAAACAGCUGGAAACUAAGUGAGUUAAAUUUAUCCAACAUCCCAGAAGUAGCGUACAAGCCAAAUAGACUGACUCCUUAAAAGUGACAUUCUAUUAUGUGAGCCAUUAUGUGAAGGUAAAUCUCUUUUGUAUAUAAAUACUGAGAAAAUGAAAGUAUGGUGCGGUUGAAAAUAUUUUUUGAGCCGCCUUAUGUUCCAGUUUAUCUCUUUGUUGUGAAAUAUUAUGUUUACACGUUGGCUUAUUGCAAUAUAUCAAAUAAUUUGUACAGAACUUUGCCAGAACUCUUUAUUUUAAGCUGGCUGGGUUUCAAAUGGACAUCAGAUUUUCAUUGCGAGUUGUAUGUUUAAAUGAAUAUGAUUUGCAAUAUUGUUGGUAGAACGAAAGUUACAAAGUCAUUGCACUACUUCACUUGAUUUUUGUAUUUUUAACACUAAAUCACCAAUAAAGUUAUACAGUAACAUUUUUAAGCAUUAUACCAUUAGUCCAUGAAUCCUACUCACCCAAUUUUCCACCAGAUUCCCCCAAAUUUAUGUACAGUAUCUUUGAUAACCCUGAAUCCUUCCAGU